AUGGCACAGUACAGACCUGCAGCUGUUCAUGAAGUGUGCAGGACGGUGGAGGUGGCAGACAUUCUGUUCCUUGUGGGGCAGACCCAGAGCUCUGGGGCAGAGAAUUCUCAGUUGGUCAAGGACUUCAUCUCCAACGUGACCCACUCUUUUGAGAACGUGGUGAUGGGCAAAGGAGGCGUUCGACUGGGGGUUGUACUCUACGAGGAGAAACCAAGGAUGAGUAUUGAGCUGACAGAUUACGUAACCAUUGAAGAAAUGCUGGUGGCCAUUCAGGAUCUCUCAUUCAAAGGGGGCACUUUAAAAACAGGGUCUGCUCUGGCAUUUGUGGCUCGUGCCGUGUUUCACCCUACCAUGAUGAGGGAGGAUGCAGCGAGGAUACUUAUUUUGAUCACAGAUGGUAAAUCGGGCGAUUCCUUUGAAGAUGAAGCCCUCAUUCUGUGGAACAGUGGAGUGACAGUGUUUGCUGUAGGAAUUAAGGAUGCUGAUAAGAAUGAACUGAACAAAAUAGCUUCUGAGCCUACUGAAGAGCAUGUGCUUUAUGCUGAUGAUUUCCACCUGCUCCACAACGUGGCCCCCAAACUCUCUCGAAGACUCUGUUUCACUGCCUCAGAGCCACCACAGCCCAUCAAGGCGACUGUGCAAGCUCAGAUCCUCGGUCCCCAGGACUUGUUUGUCAGCGGACGCAGCCACAGCUCGCUGAGGCUAACGUGGAUGGCAGCUACAGGCAAAGUGACGGGGUACCACGUCCACCUGCAGCCUUUGCUCCCUACGGGGCAGCUGGUUUUGGAGGACCAGCGACAGAUUGUGGUGGAUAGUGACAAAGACACUGUGCUCGUCACCAAUCUCAAACCCAACACCAAGUAUGUCUUCACGGUGCAGGCUGUCUAUGCAGACUCCCUUGGAAAGUUGGCCACUGUCAAGGGUAAAACAACACCUAUCCCUCCAGUCACUAAUUUUCGAGUGAUAGAAGAAGGACUUUUUAGCUUGAAGGUGGCUUGGACACCCGCCCUGGGCAAGCUGGAAGGCUACAAGAUCUACAUUCCUAGAGCCAAUAAACCAGGAAUGACCUACGAGCAAGUUCUGCAGGGUGACACCACUUCCCACGUGUUGGAUAACUUGCAGGAGGAUAGGGAGUACAGCAUCAGCAUCUACGCCAUGUACCCUGAGGGACCAAGCCAGCCCGUGUCUGCCAUGGGAAGAACAUUGAAGCUCCUGCCUGUGAAAAGCAUCUUGCUGCAGAACGAGACGACUGACACCCUCCAGGCCAGGUGGAGUCCAGUCCGGGGAGCGACCGGCUACAGGCUCACUUGGAUGUCGGCAGAGGGCACCAUCCAGGAUGUGAAUCUCAGCAACAUCUACAGCUACUACAUGAUCCAGGGGUUGCAGCCUGGCACAGAAUACACUGUCACCAUCAACCCCAUCUUUGGAGAUAUUGAGGGACCGGUAGUGAUCAGAAAAGCAACCACUGUCGCGUCAAGCACUGUCCAGAUGCUGAAAGUGACUGAGAUAUCCACCAACAGCGCUCUGGUCUCCUGGGACUCUGUUGCUGGGGCCACGGGGUACAGAAUGGCUUGGGGUCCUACGCAAGAAUUCCUUGGCAAAGACCGUCCUCGACAACUGGCUCUCAACAAGUCGAUCACAACCUACCAACUCCGAAACCUGGCCCACGAUACCGAGUAUGUGAUUUCCCUCUACGUGCUCUUCGGCUCAGUGGAAGGACCAGGGAUCACAACCUCAGCCUGGACGUCUCCUUUGGGCUACGUCUCCCAUUUCAAGGUGACAUCCUACACCAGCACCAGCCUCUCUUUGUCAUGGAGUGCCACAACAGCUGCCACCAAGUUCAAAGUCACUUGGAGCCCUGUGGGAGCAGGCAAAGAGAAGCAAGUCACCAAGACUCAGUACCUGAGCAGCAGAGUGCUGGCAUAUCAGAUUGACCACUUGCUGCCUGACACCUUGUAUAAAGUCAGCAUUCGGGCUGUCUUCAGCAAGAAUGAGGGGCCAGAGGUGACUCUGACUCACCGCACAGACUCCAACCCCAGCCAGACUGUCCAAGAUCUAAGGCUUACUGAUAGUGGCAUAAAUAGUUUGAAAGUGUCUUGGAUGAGGGUUCCUGGUGCAACUCAUUAUAAGAUAUCCUGGAUUCCAUUCAGUGGUGGCUUGGAAACCUCCCAGCUGGUUGCAGCAGAGACUGUCUCUUACACCAUACCCAAGCUGAAGGAAAGCACCACCUACACCAUCAGCGUGUCUGCAAUCACUGAGGGACGAGAAGGAAGCCCAGUGCUCCUCACCGCCAAAACCUUGGAUUUGCCCAAAGUAGCCGAGUUUGCAGUACAGGAGGCUGCAGAGAGCAGCAUUUUGCUGACUUGGACGGCAGUUUCUGAAGCAUCAGCAUACCUAUUAACGUGGCGCUUGUCCUCAGGUUCUGAUCUUUCCCUGGAACUGUUGCCGUCAGCUUCUGGGUCAUAUUGGGUGACAGGUCUGCACUCCAAAGAGACCUAUUUAUUUUCUAUAAGGCCAGUCUUUGGAGAGACGGAAGGACCAGAGACAACACUCAUUGGGCAUACAGUCUGUGGCAAGUUCAAAGCAGAUAUUGCAUUCCUGGUGGAUGAGUCCUCGAGUAUUGGCCAGAGCAAUUUCAAUAAAGUGAAAGACUUCCUCUUCCGGAUCAUAUCCUAUUUCCCUAAGAUUGGGCCUGAAGGGACACAGGUUGCUUUAGCGCAGUACAGUGAGGAGCCCAGAGCUGUGUUCCACUUUCACCAGCACAAGGACCGCAACAGUGUUCUGAGAGCCAUCAAGGAGCUGCGCUAUGCUGGAGGCAACACCAAAACUGGUCGUGGUUUAGCCUACAUGCUAAAGGAGAUAUUUCAGUCCUCCAGAGGCUUGAGACCAGCUUUCCCUCAUGUGUUGGUGCUUGUGACUGAUGGGCGAUCACAAGAUGAUGUGUUGCCACCAGCCAGAACAGCCCAUGCUUUAGGGAUCCACGUCAUUGCUGUGGGUGUCUCCGGAGCUGACCCCAUUGAGCUGAACACCAUCCUGCUGCAGCAGAACCUCCAGAAUGUUUUCUACAUCAGCACAUUUGAUGACUUUCCCCAUAUCAUCCAAGAGCUGAUAGAAGUCAUUUGUUCUGAUCUGCAGCCUCCAGGGGCCCAGACAUUGCAUGAGGAGGACUUAAGAGACUCUCUUCCUCAUGGAGGUUAUGACCCAUACAUCCUUACUACAAAAGGAGAGAAAGGAGAGAGGGGCCUACCUGGGAAGGAUGGUAUUCCUGGGCUGCCAGGCAGACCAGGGCGGACAGGUCCUCCUGGUCCCACUGGGCUCAAGGGGCUCCCUGGCAUCCAGGGUGAUGUGGGAUCUCCUGGCUAUCCAGGACCAGUGGGGCCAAAAGGAGACAGAGGUGAACCAGGCUACGUCUUGGGUGGAGUGGAAGUGAUUCCUGGUCAGAAUGGGCAACCUGGUCCUCCUGGACAGAGAGGACAGCCGGGGGUUCCCGGGGUAGCAGGACCACCAGGUCUGCCAGGGCCACGGGGACCACCAGGGGUGUCCAUCAAGGGUGAACCUGGGGAUUUGGGUGUCAGGGGUCCUCGUGGCAGGAAUGGCCUCAAGGGUGACAAAGGAGGUGUGGGAGAGCCGGGGAAGCCUGGCUUGCCUGGCCCCGUGGGGCUAGAUGGUGUUCCUGGACUGCCUGGACCAAGAGGAGAAAAGGGGCUGGCAGGAAUGGGCAUUCCUGGCAUUGCUGGCUUGAAGGGAGAAGAAGGACCACAGGGGGUAAUGGGUCCUCCAGGAGUACCGGGAGCAAAGGGACUCCCAGGACCUCCAGGGCAGAAAGGAGACCAAGUUUUGGGACCUCCGGGCAAGAAAGGUGUCAGGGGAGAGACUGGACCAACAGGGGCCCAAGGACCACAGGGAAACAAAGGGCAACAAGGAAACAAAGGAGAGAAGGGAAGUCCAGGUUUCGGUAUUCCUGGACAACCUGGACUGAAAGGAGACCCAGGUGACAGGGGAAACGUAGGUUUGUCUGGCAAACCUGGUCAAAAGGGAGAGAAAGGCGAACCAGGAUUACCUGGGAAACCAGGCGAGACUGGACUAAGAGGUAAAGAUAUGUCUUCUCUGGAGAACACCAGCAUCCUGAAAGGUGACAAGGGAGAUCCUGGAAAGGAUGGCUUGAAAGGCGAAAGAGGUCCUCCAGGCCCAAAGGGAGAUCCUGGUCCACCAGGCAAAGGAGUGGAAAUGAAGGAUCUGGAGAGGUUUUUUGAAGCAAAUGGCAUCAAGCUGGCACUGCUGAAGGACCUCACCAAUGCACUCCAGCAGAAUGGCCUGGAAGGGCUGGUCCAACAGCUGGGCAGCUCCAGGAAAAGCAAGGCAUCCAAGAGGAAGCAGGAGGCUAAGCGAGCCUCUGACCACAGCGAUGCAUUUGACAUGUCCCGUGAUGCCGUGGUCAGUGUAGGGGUCAGUGAAGAAGCACAAAAUGCAGCUGUGGAGGCUCAGUUUGGGGUGUCGGUGCCUGCAGAACAACUCACUAAGAGCUCAGCUGUGCCCCCACCACCCUCUGAAGAUGAUCUGCAAGGUAACCAGCCCAUGGAGCUUCUUGAGUCCUUGGAGGAGAAGCUGGAAGAGCAGAAGGAAAGCAGCCAUGGAGAGAGGGGAGCUCCAGGAGCCCGUGGAGACAAAGGAGAAAAGGGGCAGCCUGGAGAGAUGGGAGAACCUGGAGAAAAGGGAACCAAAGGGCACAGAGGUGAAAAUGGUCAGAAGGGAGAACCAGGAAUUGGGUUGAGAGGCCCCACUGGCCAGGCUGGGCCCCCUGGGUAUAAGGGUGAGCCAGGAGCCCCAGGUCCUCCAGGAGCCCAGGGCAUCCAAGGCAUUCGUGGCAACCCCGGCAUCCCUGGAUCUCAGGGGGAGAGAGGGACCCCAGGACUGCCUGGGGUGCCAGGACAGAAGGGGGAACGUGGUAAGAGAGGACGGAAUGGAUUCACCGGGCCAGCUGGACCAGCAGGAUUUCCAGGAAAAGAGGGGAUCCCUGGAUCACCUGGCCCCAAAGGCAACAAGGGAGAUAUUGGCUUUGGAGCAGCUGGUCCAAGAGGUCCCCGUGGUCUCCCUGGCCCUCGGGGUGACGAGGGCAUCGUGGGAGUUCAAGGCCCUGUCGGCAUCAUGGGUCUGAAAGGCCUCCCAGGUGUGAAAGGUGAAAGAGGUGACCGGGGACUUCUGGGACCCAAGGGAGACAGAGGUGAGCGCAGGACACUUUUUGGACCCCAGGGCUAUAAAGGCAGUAAAGGAGACCCUGGGGAGCAGGGCCUGCCAGGGUUUGAUGGAGACAAAGGCGAGAAGGGAGAGGAUGGGCCUGUGGGAGAAAAGGGAAUCAAAGGUGAAGCUGGCUCCAAGGGUGCCAUGGGGCUUUUUGGAACAAGAGGACCAGUGGGACAGAAGGGAGAGACAGGAGAACCAGGCCUGCCCGGUGCUGCUGGCACAGCAGGCCUAGAUGGGAAGAACGGGAACAAAGGAGCCAAAGGCGACAGAGGUCUUCAGGGACAAAAGGGGCAACCAGGAGAGAAAGGUGAUCCUGGGAUAACUGGUGAUAUUGGACGGAAAGGAUCUAAGGGUUUACGAGGCCUCCCAGGACGUGUCGGCGCUCCAGGAGCUGCAGGAACCAAGGGAGAAAUGGGCAGUCCCGGAAGACCAGGAAUCCCAGGGGCAGAUGGACCAUAUGGACCAAAGGGCAGACAGGGAGAAUCAGGUGGUGAUGGCGCCUCAGGAAUUCCCGGAGAGAAAGGAGAAAAGGGGGCCAAAGGAGUUCCUGGCUUGGGAGGCUUCAAAGGACAAAUGGGAUUGCCUGGGAAGAUCGGAGCUGCUGGGCCAGAUGGACCUCAAGGGCCACAGGGCCAACCAGGGCCACAGGGUCCACGAGGUAGAAGAGGGAGACCCCAGCUCUGCAUCAAAGGCCCCCCAGGCAUGGAGGGGCAAAAGGGAGAAAAGGGUGAAAAUGGCCCAACUGGCCAGAAAGGAGAAAAGGGAGAUCCUGGUCUUUCUGAGGAAGAAGUGAAGGAGAUGGUCAGAAGUGAGAUGAGUGGCAGAUGUGCCUCCUGCCUCCAGCCGAUGGAUGAGGGCUCCUGCCAGCGGUACGUGCUGCUCUGGUAUUACCACCCGGAGGCAGACGCCUGCCGGCCCUUCGUGUUCGGGGGAUGCCGAGGGAACGGCAACCGUUUUGAGACCAAAUGGAAGUGCGAGCAGCAGUGUAAAAUGGCAGCAGGUAAGGGAGCUCUCUGCUUGGCAUGGGCCCAAGCCUCCUCUUCCUCCAGCCUUUCCGUAUUUCUCCAUAUGGAAGUACCUGCACUUACCCAGGGAAGGGGGGGUCUCACACAUGUGGGUUUGGGCGAGGAAAACAAGAAGCGGAAGUGGAAGCAAAAAAGCCCUCAUCCAUCUCCCAGCAUCUUUGGAAGCAGCAGUGGUCAUGAGGAGGCCCAAGGAAAGUCAUAA